AUGUGCGACUUCUCAGGCUACGGAGGCAGCUGCGAAGAAUGGCUUGCUUUGGAACAAACCUUACCUCCAGUAGCCAAGCUCGAGAUGCCAUCUGCAGAUAUGAUCAGAUUGGCCAACGAGGAACGAGAGGCUAUCGCGAGACAGUCCAUGAUAAAGCUGGGGCCUCAUGUUCGAAUUCAGAACUACUCGAUAUCUUCACGAGAUGGAACUUCCCUACAACUACGCAGUUACAGACCGAUCGAAACUCCGCACGGUGAUCUUACCCCACUAUACAUCCAUUUUCAAGGCGGUGGCUUCAUGUAUGGUUCACUCGACGGCGAAGAUGCGAUAUGCGCUCGAAUAGCCAUCGGUUGCCAAGUAACGGUUCUGAACGUCGACUAUAGACAUACGCCAGACUUCGCAUAUCCCACACAAUGGAACGAUACCCAGGAUGCUUUCGUGUGGGCACACGAUAAUAUGGACAAGCUGAAGUGCGAUCCUCGGAAAGUUAUCGUCGGUGGAAUAUCAGCCGGUGCUUGGUUGGCCGCAUCUCUCGUACUCCAAAGACAUCUGAAGAACGACCCUCCGCCCAUCGCAGGCCAGGUUCUUAUGAUACCUUGUUUAGCACAUGUCGAUUGCUACGAACUGCAGUUAAACAAGAUGAAGGACGCUUCGAUAUCAUCUUAUAAACAGAAUGAGUUCGCACCGAUGUUCUCACUCGCUGAACUCAGGUGGUUCACAAGUCUUCUCAAGAUCGAAAAUCCCGAUCCUCAAGAUCUGAAAAUCAACCCUGGCAAUGCGACGCCUGAACAAGUGAAGGGGAUGCCGCCGAGUGUGGUCGGUGUAGCUGGACUGGAUCCGUUGAGAGACGAGGGACUCUUGUAUGCGAAGAUGUUGAGCGAAGCUGGGUAA